GAGCCUCAAAACAUCUGUCUGAAUCACCCGUUUGUUCGUUCAUUCAUUCCUCCCUCGUAAUCCAUAAUAAUUAUAAUAAAAUGGACGGGCUACGUAACUGGGUAUCCGAUAACAUUAUCAAGGUAAAAAUGAAAAAUCCUGUCCAUUUCCCCACCUUUCCCACCCAUAACGAACACUGACCUCGCUAACCUUUUAAAAAGUUCUCCGGUGCUGCGGACUCUACCAUCAUCGACUUUGUCAUAGCUUCUGCCUCCUCCGCGAAAUCUGCCUCCUCUCUACACGAUAAACUCUCAAGCUUUCUAGAUGGCGACUCUUCGGAUACCCGUCGGUUUACCUCAACUCUCUAUGACCGUGCUCCUCGAAAAUCCGGAGGUGCCGGUGGCGCAUCGUCCAGGAAAGACAGACCGGUGGAACGGAAGAAAAAGUAUUUGUUGUUAGCAAUGGAUGAGGACGAGGGCGCUUCUUCGGUAAUGCCACCGCCUUCUUCGACUACGAGGGAGAGGGGAUCAAAAGAGAAGCGUAGGGAAGCCAGGAAGGAAGAGAAACGGGAGAAAAAGAAUGGCGAAAGGGAUUGGGAUUCUGGGAGGGAUCGGGACCGGAGCGAUAGAGAUAGAGACAGCGACAGGGACAGAGUUAGGGAUGGUGAAAGCAGGAGCGACAAGGGCCGCAGCGAGAGGGAUCGAAAAUCUAGGAAACUGCGGAGAAGGGAAGGCGAUGACGAUAGAUGGGGGGACGAGGAAUAUGAGGAGGAAGAGGAGGCCCAAGAAUAUUUGUCGCCAGCGAAGCGUGCGCGUGUAGACGGCGAUGGGGAGGAGGAAGAGGAACUGGACGAGGAGGCAAAGGCCGAGAAGGAACGACUACGCGAUCUUCAGGAACGGGACGAGUUUGCAAAGCGCCUCAAGGAGAAGGACGAAGAGAAGACCAAGAAGUUGGUUGAAGACCGGUCAUCUACGAAGGAAGGUAAACAGCUAGCUCAACGGAGAGCCUUGGCAGAUGAUGCUGCAGCUCGAGCUGCUGCCCUUCCAGACUUGAGGGAGAGGUCACGACAGGAAUAUCUUAAGAAGCGUGAACUUGAACGUUUGGCCUUGUUACGAAAACAAGUUCAAGACGAACAACAAGAACUACGAGCAAACCCGAAUCUCUCUCGAAGAGAGAAGGAAGAAUUUACAAAGAACAAGGAAAUCCUCCGACUCGCGGAGGAAAGGCUUAGGGUUGAUGAUCAUCUUGAUGGGUACAUGCUGCCGGAGGACUACAUCACCGAGAAGGGCAAGAUUGACAUGAAAAAGAAGGAAAAGGCGCUCUACCAGCGAUAUGUAGAGAAGGGGGACGAUGGACAGGAACGGUUUGUUACAGAGCAGGAAGAAUGGGAGCAACACCAGGCACAAAAAGCAAGUGCACAGAUCAGCCGUGCAGAGCGAGUCGACGAGGGAGACUACGAGUAUGUCUUUGAUGAUUCCCAGCAGCUCAAGUUCCUCAUGGAUAGCACCGACAUUGACCAGAACUCUAUGUUUUCCGACAAGGAGAGGAUUUUCAUGGAACAGCAACUCAAGGCAGCAGAGAACAGGGCGAAGACAAUCGAGGAAACAAGAAAGUCCCUGCCUAUAUUCGAAUGGCGAACACAAUUCCUAGAAGCAUUGGAACAGUUUCAAGUCCUCAUCAUUGUAGGAGAAACCGGUUCUGGAAAAACUACCCAGCUACCGCAAUAUCUCCACGAAGCCGGCUACACCAAGGAGGGGCUCAAGGUCGGCUGCACCCAACCCCGUCGUGUUGCUGCCAUGUCCGUCGCGGCCCGUGUAGCAGAAGAGAUGGGGGUCAAAGUCGGGAACGAAGUCGGGUACUCCAUCCGCUUCGAGGAUGCUACGAGUGACAAGACAAUAAUUAAGUACAUGACCGAUGGUAUGCUCCUGCGAGAAUUCCUCACAGAGCCAGACCUAGGUGGAUACUCUGCGCUCAUGAUCGACGAAGCCCACGAACGCACACUAUCAACAGAUAUCCUCUUUGGCCUCGUCAAAGACAUUGCGCGCUUCCGGCCCGAUCUCAAGCUACUAAUCUCCAGCGCAACCAUGGACGCGCAAAAAUUCUCUCAAUACUUUGAUGAUGCCCCCAUCUUCAACAUCCCUGGCCGCCGAUACCCCGUAGACGUGCACUACACCCAGCAGCCCGAAGCAAAUUACCUAAACGCAGCUAUAACUACAAUCUUUCAAAUUCACACCACCACACCCCCACAAGGCGACAUACUAGUCUUCCUAACAGGGCAAGACGAGAUUGACGCCGCCGAGCAAAACCUCCAAGAAACCUGCCGUAAACUGGGAAACAAGAUCCGUGAGAUGAUAAUAUGCCCCAUAUACGCCAACCUUCCCUCGGAAAUGCAAGCCAAAAUAUUUGAACCCACGCCGGCGGGUGCCAGGAAAGUGGUCCUGGCAACAAACAUCGCUGAAACCUCUCUCACUAUCGACGGGAUAGUAUAUGUCAUAGACCCAGGUUUUGUGAAAGAGAACGUCUACAACCCCCGCACGGGGAUGGAAUCCCUCGUGGUGACUCCGUGUUCCCGCGCCGCAGCAAAGCAAAGAAUGGGCCGAGCCGGUCGUGUUGGGCCCGGAAAGUGCUUCCGGCUGUACACGAAGUGGGCAUACCAAAACGAACUUGACGAAAACACCACUCCGGAGAUCCAGCGCACGAACCUAAACUCUGUCGUCCUACUACUAAAAUCGCUCGGCAUAAAUGACCUGAUAGAAUUCGACUUCAUGGACCCCCCGCCGGCCGAAACGCUCAUCCGUGCACUGGAAAACCUAUACGCGUUGGGGGCGCUCAAUGAUAAGGGCGAGCUAACAAAGAUCGGCCGCCAGAUGGCCGAAUUUCCCACAGACCCCAUGCUAGCCAAGGCCAUCCUAGCAGCGGACAAGUACGGCUGCGUGGAAGAGGUCCUCUCGAUAAUCGCCAUGCUCGGUGAGUCCUCCUCCCUCUUCUAUCGGCCUAAGGACAAGAAGUUCCACGCAGACCAGGCACGCCAGCGCUUCACCAAGAAGGACGGCGGCGACCACCUCUCGCUGCUCAACAUCUGGAACCAGUGGGUUGACACAAACUUCAGCUACGUGUGGGCGCGCGAGAACUUCCUGCAGCACAGGAGCCUGUGUCGCGCGCGCGACGUCCGCGACCAGCUUAGCAGGCUUUGCGAUAGGGUCGAGGUCACAGUCAGUACGGCGGGUGAGAACAGUACGCAGUUGAUACAGAAGGCCAUUACCAGUGGGUUUUUUCCCAAUGCUGCCCGGCUACAGAGGAGCGGGGAUAGCUAUCGCACCGUGAAGAACUCGCAAACGGUGCACAUUCACCCAAGUAGCUGUCUGUUCGAGGUUAAUCCUAAGUGGGUCAUUUAUUAUGAGUUGGUCUUGACAAGUAUGUUUUUCUCUAUUCCUUGUUUUCCCAGUGGUUUGAGCAUGAGUGCUAAUUGGUUUAUAGGCAAGGAGUUCAUGAGAAACGUCAUGCCGUUACAGCCAGAGUGGCUGGUAGAGGUUGCACCGCAUUACCACAAUAAGAAGGACUUGGACACGCUAGGGACAAAUAAGAAGAUGCCCAAAGUGCAGGGGGCUGUAGCGGAGAAGGCGCCCCCAGGGUAGACUGUGCUAUUGGUGGUGUAUGUACGAUUUUCUAGUUAGAUAGAGGGGACACCAUCACCCGAAUUGAUACAUUUGUUUUAGUGAAAGUUUGUAUGCAAAUAAAAUUUAUAUUUGAAUUGUCUGCU